AUGGCCGAAAGACGUGAAUCCGCACGUGGAGGCCAUAGACUUGAAGAUCCUCCAGUUGAUCGAAACGUCAGAGAACAUCACCCUAGGAACACCAAGAAGGACGCUAACAUAUCCUUCAGACACGCUGUCAACGAAACGGUACGCUCGCGUCUCACCAAAGCUAACCUAUCGGAGCAACUGGCUGGCUGGUACCCGUACGCCUCCCGCGAAAAGCUAGAGGUCUUGACAUCCUUCCAAGUCUGGAUGUUCAUCAUCGACGACCUACUCGAUCAAUAUUCCAUCGUCAAACAGUUUGAUUACACAAAGCUGCAGGCCCUACUGGAUGACUGCGAGGACUAUGUCGAGAAAGGCCUUGGCGUUUCAAGCAAGGAGGUUGAGCCAUCGACUCGUUAUCUAGAUCACGACGCUGUACUGUCUUUUGAGGAGUAUGCUUCGACUGUUCGUAGUCUUUACAGUGACAACCCGAGUUACCGAAAACGCAUCGCCAAGGAGGCCAUUGCUACCCUGAAAGCAUACCAAAAGGAAGCCUUCAAUCGAAGGAAUGCCCAUCUUCCUUCUCUAGAGGAGUAUCUUGGCUACCGGGAUGCAUCUUCCUGUAUGAAGCAAGUGGCGGCCAACAUCGAAUUCGCCAAUGGACUUGACUUGCCUGAGUUCGUCAUGGAAUCUAAGGAGAUUCAAGAUCUAUAUGAUGCCGCCGUCAAAGUCAUGUGGAUCACGAAUGACAUGGUGAGCGUGCGCAAGGAGAUACGUGAAGGGUUCGUCGAGAACAUCGUGGUCUUGUUGGCACACGGCGAUAUGCAGCGAGGACUUGAUGCAUCACUCGAAAGGCUUCAAGCGGAGAUUGAGAGAGUGAAUAAAGCUGCUGAUGACGCCGCGAGUCGAUUUGCUGGUGAAAUCUUUGAGCGCGACAUAGCCUUGCUGGCAAAGAACUGCAAGAAUAUGUGUUUGAGCAGUUGGUUCUGGAGCGCAUAA